UUCUGGGCGGGCGGCGCGCGCGCACCCCAGUCUAGCGCCGCGCGUCCGUCGAACGCGACUCUGAAACGCGCGAACCAAUUUGCGCUACUUUCCCUCUUUUUCUUUUUUCGAACGUUGUUGACGUAUGUUUGUUGACACUGACUGACUGACUCUGUGUUCAAAAUUAAAUUUUAGAAAAUCCUGAUAGGGAGCGUAUUAAGUGCGUAUACAAUACGUAUUGGGUGCAAUUAGGUAUUAUGUCAGUUUUCUUCUGUUUUUCCUAAGUUCUGAUCUAAUGUGCUGGGCUUGGAGUAGUCCUAUCUCGGCAAGGAGUUGUGCGAAGACUGAGAAAUGAAAGAAGUGUGCAAUAGCGAGGAGGUGCCCGAGGUAGAAAUCGUCAGUCUUCUUCAAGAGCAUAUACCGAAGUAUCGUCUUCGAGCCGAUAGUCUCACUCAAUUUGGAGGCUACGAGAACCAGGACUGGUUCAUCCCAUCGCCGGCGUUGCCAGUCAGUGACAACGACCUAGCACUAACUCCCGAUCAGAUUAGGGAGACGCUUAAUUAUUUCCUUCUAUGCAGCAACAGGGUGAGCCAAAUGACAAAAACCUACAAUGACAUCGAAGCAGUAACACGGCUCUUGGAAGAAAAAGAGAAAGAUUUAGAGUUGACAGCCCGCAUCGGAAAGGAGUUGCUGGCCACAAACGGCGUAUUGGAAGCGCGGGUCAACUCUCUCGAAGGCGAGCUGCGGAGCGCCAGAGACCACAUCACACAGCUGAGGCACGACCUCACUGCAAAGACUGAUUUACUGCAGAUUCUAACCAAUGAUACAGAGGAGGGCUCGACCCCGUCUGAGCAGGAAGCGGCUCAGGAGGCGGCGCUGCGCAAGCGCACAGGCGCACUGGAGCGCGAGAACCGGGCGCUGCGCGACGAGGCCGCGCGGCUCGCCGCCGGCGCCGACCAGUGCGAGCUGGCCGAGCGACAGCUGCUGCGGGACAUCGCGCAACAACUCGCAAGUGCGAACUCGGAGGCUGGUGUGCUGGGCUCGGAGUUGGCGGAGGAGCGACAACGCUCAGCGGAGUUGCAGCAGCAGUAUGACUCCGUCAAUGCAAGGCUCGCUGCUACCGAGAAAAAUUUACAGCAGAUAACUGCGGAGCACCAGCAGACGUUGCGGAUAUUAGAAAUAACUAAAGAUAACCAAAAUGCAUUGGCGGCGGAGUUGGCGGAUACGAAGGAGCGGUACGUGGAGGUGGCCGCCCAUCUUGCCGAAGCUCAAGAGCAGCUCCGGCAGCUGCGCAAGCGUACCGAGCCGACGCGCGGCCUCAUGCCCAGCGUGGCGGCUGCGGCCGGCCUCCUCCCUGCCAGUUUACAUCGAGAGAUGCACUCUUCCAUCUACUCCGAGCUCAGCAUGGACUCUGGCAUCGGCAUCGGCAGCGACCCGCUGCAACAAUCGAGCAUGGCGAAAGUGUUCGAGACGGUGCAGUGCGCGUCACGGUGGUCCGGCGCGUCCGGCGUGUCCGGCGCGUCGCUGGCCGGAUCCGACCAGCCGGACGCGCCGCUGCCGCGGUCGUCCUACCUCCUCCCCAAGCCCAAGCUGUCCAGCGACUCGUUCUUCGAAGACUCGGACACGGACUCGGAUGAUCUCUACCCUGGCGGCACCGGUGAAGGCGUGCCGGGCGCGCCGGGCGCCGCGGAGCUGGCGGCGGCGCUGCGGAGGCUCACACCGCAGGAGAUCAACUCGCGACGAGCCUCCUUGGCAGCCUCGCACGUGCUUAGGCAUCGGCGUAGCACAGAGCGUGACCUAAGCGAAGAAAGCGCGGUAUGGGGCGCAGGCGCGGCGGGCGGCCUAGCCCGCUUCCGCGCCCCGCACAAGCUGCAGAUCGUCAAGCCGAUGGAGGGCUCGCUCACGCUGCACACGUGGGCGCAGCUCGCCAAGCCCAACAUGUCAGGGUUGCUAGAGGAGCAGGAGGGCGUGGGAGUGCGCGGCUCCCGCUCGGCGCAGGCGCUGGGGCUGCGGCUGUACCGCCUGUCCGACGUGGAGGAGGACGACGACAUGCCGCGCCUGCCGCACUCCAGUCAUGUCUAUACCUUUACCAACAGCAUGGUGAUGCACCCGAACGACGGCAGCCUGGUGAGCAGCACGCGCGGCAGCAGCGUGAGCUCGGGCAUGAGCAGCCUGAGCUCGUCCGUGCUGGGCAGCGCGUGGAGCUCGCGCCGCACGUCGCGCCGCUCGUCGGCCGCCGUGUCGCCCGUGCUGUCGCGGCGCGACUCCUUCUGCGAGCGUCGCUACACGCCCACCGCCACGCCCGCCAACAGCCCGCUGCUCGGCUCGCCGGACUCCUCGCCGCCCGCCACGCCCAGGCCCGGCGACGCACCGCCGUCGCUGCACGCGCUGAUCGCGUCGGGCACGUCCAUCCUGCGGCGCCGGCACCUGGCGUCGCCCGGCACGGACGGGUCGCCCGCGCCGCUGGCGCUGCAGACGCCCGGCUCGCUGUACACCGGGCUCGUGCACCGCAGCCCCAUGGAGCAGCUCACGUGCCUGAAGCGCACGCUGCGCUCCCCCGCGGCGCCCGAGCGGCCGGAGCCGGGGCUGGGCGUGCCGGCGCACCCGGGCCAGGGCGCGCUGGACGCGGCGGCCCCCGGCCCCCCCGGCCCCGCCGCCGCCGCCCGGCGCCGCGCCCGCGCCCCGCGUCCGCGCACGGACCUGGGCACGGCGCCCGCGCCGCCGCCGCUCGAGAGGAACUCCUCCCCGCUCGGGACGCUCAGCACGCUCCUGUUCGGCAGGAAAGGCGGCCUUCUAUAAUUCUCGCGGUGAUACGUUCGGUUCCUUCGGUCCGUAGACCUGCCGAACCCGGAUGUACGGAAUAUCGAACGAGAUAGCAUUACGGUUGACGAUUGUAACGCGCCGUCUAAUUUAAAUGUCACAUUGUUUCUACGAAAUUCUAACUCCGCGCGAUUAUGGUAGAGUUACUUGGGCUUUUUUUUUAUAUCGCUCCGAUUGCUAUCGUGCUCUUUAUUAGCUAAUUUAAACAGAGAAUCAACAGCGAACGUACCGUUCGCCUUGAUAAAUAAUGUUUUACGUUUUGAUAUCCUAUUAUGUUAUUUAUGUAUAGUCGUUUUACCUUUGACGUGUAUUUUUUGUAGCGAAUUAUUUAACUUUAGUGAGAAGCUUUGUGCAUUUAUAAUUUUUUUUGGAAUCGAACUUGAGAAGUUUUUUUAGUCUGAAUUGAGUUUGAUUAGCGGCAUUUUUCUGUCUCUCUUCCUCUCUCUAUAAAACAUUCCUAUAAAAGAGCUCAAGUGUUUAUUACGCUUUGUGUUAAAAAGAGAGAAUUGUCCCGAGGACCAGGCGUGCACUUAAAUAAUCUUGUUGACAAAAGAACGAAUAACAAAAGUGCAGCUGCUUAGACAGUUGAACUAGAAAGGUCUGCACGGCGGCAUACAUUUUAUGGUGACUACAUUGUCAUAUGUUCUUCACAAUCGAAGUUGCCGGGAAAUAUAGAACAGUCCUGUAACGCCAACUAGUUUAACUGUGCUAAUAGGUACACGAUAAUAUCUUCAACUGCAUACGUCUUUCUAGUUCUUUUGUCAAUGAUGUGUAGAUGAUUGUAUACCAAAAUAAUAAUAUUUUAUAAAUUAUAUUAGGGGAGUUAACGGAUUUCUUUGUUAACGAGACCCCGCCACGAACAGUGUAUUAUUUUAUUUUGGUUGUGUUAUUUAUUGAUUAGUAACCUGAGACUUAACUCUAGAAUUUACGUAGACGCUUUGUCAAGAAGUAGUUAUUGAAGUGGUCGUAUUACGAUAACAAUUAUCGCGCUUAUUAUAAUUUCUGUAAUUGAUAAUUUUGAUAAAACAUAAUAUAUCAUUGUAAAUAUGUAAUCAAACUUUCAUUUAAGUAGGAGAGUACAAAUUUAUUAAUGUUUUGUAAAUCAAAACCUAGUAAUAUGUAUCAUAGAAUCAGUCAUAUUUUGAGGCCUAUUAUAACAAUGGCCACCCAUUUGUACCUUUCAAAGUUUCACUGCAGAUCCUUUGGUUGAUUGUAAAUAUGUAUGGUUUAAUUUAUUAUCUCAGUGAUGACGAGCUGACGGCCACGUCAAUUCAUUUAGUUGCUUUAAUUAAAGUUAAUUAGUGGGUAUUUGUUACUACUAACUUAGGGUCUGAGUAAAAUAAUGGUGCAUGCCAUAGUGUAAGUAGUAUCGAAUUCAUGAUAGUGGAGGUGAAUCAGCAAACGCAAGAAUGAAUGUAAAUCAGUUGCAGAACUUAAAUGGCUGUCUUCAUUUGCCGUCGUUUAGUUAAAUGAAUAAUCAGUGAAUAACUUUAGGUUCUGAAAUUGGUGCUAUAUAGUUUUUAAUGUUAUUAUUGAUUUGUUUAUUUUCAAAUCAAUGUGAUUAGGUGUCGUAAAUUUACAGAAUUAUAAUUAUUUUUUAACCAGAUUGGUAUUGUGUUGUUUUCUGUAGCGCGUCUAUUGAUUUUUGAUUUGGCGUCGUGUCAGUAUGUGUACUUGAACCAUCUGUGAAGUAGUCAGGUGAGGCUGUGAGGCGAGCGAGUGCGAGACGAUUCCGAUCGAUUCCCGAGUGAGAGAGUACCCGAGCCUUAGGCACAAAUAAACUGUAGAAUAAGGGCAAUUUGUUGAGAUUUGACAUAAAAAAUUAUAAUUAUUGUAUUAUAAUUACAGGAAUAUAAUUUAUUCGAAGAUAA